CGUUGCUGUUGAAGUUCCAGUCUUGUCUGUGAGAGGGGAAGGGUAGCGGGAGCGUUGCUGAGCCUGAGCUGCAGGUUCGGAUGAAACGGCAGGAGCCCCCCCUCGGAACUGGGCAGCAGAGCAGGAGGGAGGCGGCGCGGCGCUGGGCCAGCCCAGGAAUGGGUACCGAAGGCAGGGGCGUGGAGGGAUCAUCACCCGGGCAAACUUCGCCUCGCCCCCAGCCUUCCCGUGCCGUUCCAUGGCUAGCCUGACGGGCUGCCCAGUGCACGGCGCUCCGCUUCCCUGGGGAACUCAUUGCUAUUCAUGGAUAUCAGCGACCCCGACUCUCUGCCAGUUACAAGCUAUCAUGCAGCCGGUGGAAUAGCAGAGAGAGCGGAAUAAGCAGCAGGGAUUGGGACCCGCGGCAACAGCAUGGGUUUCAUGAAAUAUAUCAUUGCUCCAAGAUCUGUGCUGGUCCUGGUUCCCGCGGUGUUACUGACGGCGCUGUCCGGUGCUGAGAGAGUGUGCCCGAGGACAUGUCGCUGCGAUGGAAAGAUAGUCUACUGCGAGUCCCAGGCGUUGCAAGAAAUCCCGAGGAACAUUUCCUCGGGGUCGCUCGGUCUCUCCCUCCGGUACAACAGCAUCAAGUCCCUUAAACCCAACCAGUUCUCCGGGCUAAACCAACUCACCUGGCUCUAUCUGGAUCACAACUAUGUCAACGCGGUGGACGAGAACGCGUUCCAAGGCAUCCGCCGGCUGAAAGAGUUAAUUCUCAGCUCUAACAAGAUCACUCGGCUGCACAAUGGCACCUUCCACCCGGUGCCCAAUCUACGCAACUUGGAUCUCUCCUACAAUAAGAUGCACGUCUUGCAGUCGCUGCAGUUCAAGGGUUUAAGGAAACUUCAGAGCCUGCACCUGAGAUCGAACUCGUUGAAAGCUAUACCGGUCCGGGCUUUUCAGGACUGCCGUAACUUGGAGUUCUUGGACCUUGGUUACAACCGGCUCCGCAGUCUGGCGCGGAAUGCCUUCGCCGGCCUCAUGAAGCUAACCGAGUUACAUUUGGAGCAUAACCAGUUCUCCAAGGUCAACCUCGCGCACUUCCCACGUUUGUCCAGCCUGCGGACUCUCUAUCUCCAAUGGAACAGGAUCAGGGUUUUCAGCCAAGGGAUGUCAUGGACAUGGAGCUCGCUGCAGAAGUUGGACUUGUCCGGGAACGAGAUCCAAGCCAUUGUGCCCGGCGUGUUCCAGUGUGUGCCCAACCUGCACAGUCUCCACCUCAACUCCAACAAGCUCACCACCAUCAGCCAGGAGAUCCUCAGCUCCUGGAACUCCCUGACAACCAUCAGCCUCUCUUCCAACAUCUGGGAGUGCAACAGGAAUAUCUGCUCGCUGGUCAACUGGCUGAAAAACUUCCAAGGCUACAGGGAGAGUGCCAUGAUUUGUGCAGGGCCCAAGUCUCUCCAGGGCUACAACGUCAUGGAAGCCGUUGACCACUACAAAAUCUGUGCUGGGGUCACCCCGGUUGUCACCCAGAGGCCACAAGGCUCGAAGACAACCCACAGGGCUCUCACUCCCAAGCCGACUGCCGUGGUCAGUAAGCCUCAGCCCCCUGUCUCCAUCCAUCCUUCCAACGAAUCUAUCCCUGACCUGGAGCAUGACUUUGAACAUGUCUCCUUUCACAAGAUAAUUGCGGGGAGUGUGGCGCUCUUCCUGUCCGUAACCAUGAUCUUGUUGGUGAUCUACGUCUCCUGGAAGAGGUACCCGGCCAGCAUGAAGCAGCUGCAACAGCGGUCCCUGAUGAAGAGGCGCCGGAAAAAGAAGAGAGAGUGCGAGAGACAAAUUAACUCUCCCUUGCAAGAGUACUAUGUGGACUACAAGCCAACCAACUCCGAAACGGUGGACGUAUUGGUCAAUGGAACGGCGGCAGGCACCUACAGACCCGGCUCAAGGGAAUGUGAGAUACUGCCCGACCUGUUGCUGCGUGGACCGUCAAGAAAAUGCGCGGUCUUUACGCACCCAGCCUACUCCGACAGUAUCUGCCAAAUCCACUGCCUCUACCGCCAAGAGGAACAAGGACAGCAACGGCCACUUCCCCUCCAAGCCAAACGUCAUCCCAGAAUGGGAAUAUGUCAACCGCCCUUCAUCGUCGCCGGGCCUAAACCUUGGAAAUUCUACCCAACAGUGCUGUGGGACCACCUUCACCAGUAGGACUGCAGUGGAUCAAAGAGGCGGCUUGUCAUCACCUUCUCAAGAUCAAUUGUGAACGAGACAUAAUGCUGACCUUGCCAGUGAUGCCCACAUCCAAUAAAUGAACACAUAAAUUAUUUACACCAUUUUUGUUUUGUUUUUGUUUCAGAUUCCAAGACUUCACCAGGCUAUGCUUUUGAGAUAAAUUUAGCUAGUUGAUAUCCUGUAGCGUCCUGCCUCCUGUGUAACAAUUCCUCUUCUUUUCCCCCCUUGUGUUAAAGUGAUAAAGAAACUCACAUUGCAAUUAAAACUCAAACGUCAAUUAGGGUUUAAUUGAAAAAUCAGUUGGCAUAUCUAAUUAAAGAUGACAGACACUGGAUGAUCUGCAUGAAUACUUAGAUUAGCAAUGAAAAGUUAAUAGCUCAUAAAACAUCAUUAAUUGCCAGAUUACGCUGAAGAAGUAUAUUGUUAUUGAAGUGUAAUUCACUGAUUCUGAGAGAGAUAUUUAAAAAUGCAAUAUUCUUUUUGAAUUUAAGCCUAAAGCAGUUUGCAGUGGAGGAUUGUGGGUAACAUAAUGGCCGAGUUUAAUCUGCUGUUUGUCUGUACUGCAUCUUUCCUAUUGGAUCUGCAGCUAUGUCAUAAUAAAUUUCACUUUCCUGUGCAGUUGCUUCUCGUUACCAUCUGCUACAAUAUGGAUUAGGUGGGAGUGG